CACAGUCCGGUUCAAUCGUCGAACGCAAGCAGUUGUUGCAGUGGUAAUUGCGGUGAUUGCGUGAUCGUGUCCCGUGCGGUGUGUGUCCAUGUAUUGAGAUUAUUUGCUCGGUAAAGGGAAGUUCUAUCGGCUGGGGGAGCAGUGACACUACCAGCGGCAGUAGCAGCAGGAAGAGGCCGAUGAUUCCAUUUUUCAUAUCUGUCUCGCGUAUGUGUGUGAUUCUGAUUUUUCCCCAUUUCGCUGACUAAACGGGUGGCCUGAGAUUACUGCAGUCAAUUUCGGUUCGUAUUAUUUGGUGUGGUUCUGUGGUCCAGUUGUGUGUGACGAGUGAAAAUAUAGUCGAUUUCCCUUGUGGGGGGUUAGUGAAGCGAAUCGGGAAAAAAGUGUUAUCGGUUCCGGUUCUGGUGUUUCCAUCAAGACACAAUCGAAUUAAAGUGCGAGUUCUUAUUUUUCUGUGCACCAAUUUUCGAUCUAUAUUAGAUGAAGUGAGUAGUUCACAACGUGAUAAAGCCGAGCACUGGACGAGGAACGAUUAACACGGAGGAAAGUUCCGAAAGCAGGGUAUCGGGAGAGACCUAAUGUUCGUGCGACAAAAAAAAACCUAAUAUGAGUGCAUUAUGCAUCGAGAUUAAAUCGCUGUGAUAGAAAGAAGAGGAAGACAAAAUAAGAUAUCAAAGCGGAAGUGAUUGCUUCUUACGAGUGAGUAAAGCAGGAGGAGAAAAGAUCACACAUAAACCAUCCCCCCGGUCGAUUGUGUAAACAUGAGUGGUAGCAGCAGCAUAGAUCCAUCGGGUUCUGUCAGUGCCGUCUCGACGCCCAUCAAUGCUGGCCAGCGGCCGGAUUCGGCACCGGCUCUAGGAUCUUCGCAAGCUUCCACACCACCGAACGCCGGUGGAAAAUUUCUCGAUCCUCGAUCGGCCGAGGAGAAGAAACUUCGCCGGACGUCGCUGAUGGUUCCGCUGCCAAAGCAGCCCUCGUCGGAGAGCCUCAGCUUCAGCCCGGGACCCGCGUCUCCAGGUGAUAUUUUUGCUGUCGUUGUUGAUGUUGUUGUUGGGUCGUAUGUAAGGCUGCUAUUUUUUUGGAGUUUUUUCCCUCUCCAUUUGAUCGUAUCGGUGUUUUGUUAGUGAAAUCUAGAGAUA